GGGCCAGGCUCCCGGGCCCUGUCGCGGCUCUGGGGCGGGCGGAGCCAGUGUCCGGGUGGCGCGCGCUGCAGCUGUGGGCUUGGGCACCGCGCGGGCUAUGGCGUCCCCAGCGUCCUCGGCGCCCGGCGGGGUGGCAGUAGUCGGCAGUGGCCUCAUCGGGCGAAGCUGGGCAAUGCUGUUCGCCAGUGCAGGCUUCAAGGUGAAACUGUACGACAUUGAGCAACGGCAGGUAACAUACGCCCUGGACAGCAUCAGAAAAGAGAUGAAGUUGCUGGAGCAGUCGGGCUCCCUGAAAGGCUCGCGGGGCGCCGAGGAGCAGCUGUCACUCAUCAGCAGUUGUUCCGACAUCCGGGAGGCGGUAGAGGGCGCCCUGCACGUCCAGGAAUGUGUUCCAGAAAACCUAGAGCUGAAGAAGCAGCUUUUUGCUCAGCUGGAUGGAAUCGUUGGUGACCAAGUUGUCCUGAGCAGCUCCAGCUCCUGCCUCCUGCCCACCAGGCUGUUCUCUGGCUUGGUGCACGUGAAGCAGUGCCUUGUGGCGCAUCCCGUAAAUCCACCCUACUACGUCCCGUUGGUGGAGCUGGUCCCACACCCAGAGACGGCCCCUGCGACGGUGGACAGAACCUACGCCCUGAUGCGGAAGAUCGGACAGUCCCCGGUCAGACUCACGAAGGAGGUGGACGGCUUCGCUCUGAAUCGUCUCCAGUAUGCCAUCAUCAGCGAGGCCUGGAGGCUCGUGGAGGAAGGAGUAGUGUCCCCGGGCGACCUUGACCUCGUCAUGUCGGACGGCCUGGGCAUGCGGUACGCGUUCAUUGGGCCCCUGGAGACCAUGCACCUCAACGCCGAAGAAACAGUGUCGUGCAGGAGAUGGCGGCCAGUCCGUCAUUCACAGGGAGGGGCUGAGGGGAAAGUCCACGCGGGCUCCACGCACCUCCCUGUGGCAAGAACUGGGGGGCGGGGGCGAGAUGCUGCCGACACCGCCAAGGACCCUCCAGCCUGAGGAAGGCAGAGCUGAGUGUUUCCUGAGAACGAUGGUGAAGUGCUUUACAGAGGCAAGAAGAAGAAAUAGGAUUGGGGACAUGACCACCGGAACCUCGACUGCAUACACCUUCAGCCCAAAUAGAAGCAGCUUCUGGGCGUGUUUGCUGAGCAUGGGUCUCCUUCUAGAAGGCGGGGGACGCCUGAGGGAGGGGCUUCUGCGGCUGCCCCAGAAGCCGACCUCCAGGGGCUGGGGGAGUAGGUGAGAGCCAGUGAGCUGGUGACACUGAAAGAAAAAUAACUUGAGAAGGGGAGACUCUCCCAAGAAUGAAACUUUCAGCCAGACUUUAAUCAACUGAAAAAAAGGACGUCAUUUGAAAAAGAAGCAAUAAAACCUACAACAAAUUAAGACAAAAUAAAUCAAAAAAAGCUAUGCAUAGAAAUCUGGGAAAAUGUCACCUAAAUGUUAUUACUGCUGCUGUCUCUUGGUGCUGAAAUGAUAAGUAACUUAUUAUCCUUGUGCUUUUUUAUGUUGUCAUAAAUUUGUACAAUUCUUGUGUAUUGUUUUAAGCAUUAGGUUAUUAACUUGUGAAACUUGAGUACAAAUAGAAAACAAAUGUUGUGUUCAGCUCCAUGGUCUACAUUUAACGAACGUGUUGAGAAACUGGGGCAUAUCCAGAAGAAGGUGACGGGAGUAGUAUGUGUCUGUCUGUCUGUCUGUCUCUCUGUGUCUUUUGUGGGGCUGGAGCUAGAACAGAAGACCGGAAACGGCUGGAGGAACUUUCUAAAACCUGGAGCUGAUGUGCGGAGAGGCCCUGCUGUGAGAGGGGAGCUGGGGGCUGGAGGCUGGUGCCCACCUGCCAGACGCUUGGGUUGAGAGGAGACUCCUGCAGUGAGGUCGGGGGGUGGGGGGCCGGAGCAGGUGACCCCUGGGAGUCUGUUGGACGUAGAUUUUAGAGUUCCACGGUGUUUUCCUGUUAGUUCAGUCACUUCUCACCACGGUAAUUGGUGGAAUAUAGUUUCCAGUGAGUGAGUCAAGCAGUUUCCUAGAUGCGUUGGUGCCCGGCUGCACACGUGUGCGCCCAGAAGCAGUUCAGUACGGGAUGGUUCUCCCCGGGGCGGAGCAGGGAGAGGGGCAGCGCUGAGCACAGGGCUGCGCAGAGAGCAGCGAGCAGGGGUUCCCACGAUCGCUCAUUAAAAUGAAGCCUUGGAAAAUUUCAAAUGUUUUUUUCAACCAGAGCCUUAAAAGUGAGGAACAUAUUUAAGCAUUUGAAGGGAACGUAGACACUGCCUGGUAACCGUCAUGUUUUUCUUUUUCUUUCUACCUUUUUUUUUUUUCUUGAGAAAAAUAAGAUAAUUCAGGUAUCACAAGAAAUCUAUAGGGAGGACUGAGAACAGCUUUAACUCUCAAACAAAUAGAAACUAGAAGCCGAUGAAACCAGAAACUCAAGAAUCAAAUAGUGUGCAGACAGGAAGGAGGCCCACAGCAAUUUUUCAAACAAAGCAGAAAUGAUAAGAAAACCUAAUUGGCUUAAAAUGAUAGUGGUGGACGGAUGUAGUUUUCAACUUCAGAGCAUUCCAAAGACCAGAGUUAGACAGUUUUGAGAUCUGGCUUGGCAUCAAUGGAAAUGUUCGUUAUUCCUCACAGUGUCACCAGAAUAUAUCAAGAAUUCUUCCUUUUGGAUAUAGUUUUAUAUAAAGCCGACAUCUCAGGUUAAGGCUAGUUAUUAGUCUUUAAAAGCUACAGUUUAUCUGGAAGUGGUAGGGGUAUUUUAGGAUCUGUUUUUAAUCUAAUAAGAUAGCACCUGAGAAACAGGAGGCCAGCACGCCUACUCCGUUUGGCUACUUUUUAAGGCAGCGCCGGCUCUCAGAGUGGCGGGUCUGGCUGGUGGAGCCAGCCAGCGCCCCGCUGACCUGCAAGCUAGAUGACCUUGGCAGGUCAGUUCACUGCACCUCAGUUUCCCCACCUGUAAAAGGGGUAUAGCAGCAGUGACCCCCCCCCACAGGGGUGGCAUGAGAAUACAUGGUGUGGAGACACUGGGCUCAAGUUAGAAACCAGUGCAAUGAGCUAAAUCUAAUUUCA